AAAACAUGCCACAUGAAGCAAGGAAAGGCGAAAAUUGAGCUCGGAAAAGUCCGUGCGGCGGUCGCAUCCCCCGUUCUUCCAAAACGUCAUCACAACAACCAAACUACUGUCCGAUGUGUUCAGUCCAACGAUGACGUGGACGCCAUCCUCAUGCAUCAACUUCCAGCCACGUUGGACCUGCGCCCGCACGCGGCACUGGUGACGGACCAUGUCCUCGUGGAACUGGCCAUAGCCAUCAUGCAGAGAAAGCUCACGAUCUCCCAUCUUCGAAUAGCAGGGUGCAAUGCGUUUUCAGCUGUGGGCAUGCGUUCACUUGUCCACGCCAUUGGCCCCCAUCUCAAAUCGCUAGACUACUCGGCAUCGAUCGUCAAGCGCGACGUGCUCAAAGUGCUAGUCACAAGGCUCGAAGACUUGCGCGAAUUGGACUUCUCGUCCUGCGCCACCCUUUCGAGCGACAUCCUUCGGGAUUUCAUGCCGUGUUGCAACCACACGCUUGAAAAGUGCAAUCUCGCCCACUGCAACCUCGUCAAUGACGAAGCCUUGUGCUGGCUCGCUGGUACGCUUGGCGUACAAGGUGGCCUCACACAAUGCGCCAACCUCAAGUCACUCAACUUGGCGCACUCCCCCCUCGUGGGGGAUCGGGGCUUGGCGGCGCUGGGGAUCGGGUGUGGCGCACUGCAGUUUGUCAGCUUCGAAGGCCUUAUCAAUAUUACUGACGCCGGGAUGGUCAAGUUUGUGGCGGGGUGCAUGGCGCUACGAGUGCUGCACCUCAAACGUUGUGUCCAGGUCACAGAUCGGAGUCUUGCCGCCAUUGGUGCGCACUGUCAUCGCCUUCGAUCAAUCAACUUGUGUGGUUGUGGGCGCAUCACCACGACUGGCAUGACUACCCUCGUGCUAGGCGCCACACAGUUGCAGGCCAUCGAUGUUCAAGGAUGUAAUCUGCUGACCGAAGAAGUGCUUUGCGUUGUCGCGACCAAUCUGCCGGCGCUGCAGCUCCUCAACGUCAACGGGUGUCAACAAAUCACAGACAACGGCAUUCGCACGCUGGCCGACCACCUGCCGUACGUGACCUCGGCCACUCAUUUCCGAGGCUUGGAGCCUCUUGCAAACGCGACCAACUUGAAGUUCGCCACGCAUCAGAAAACCAUCGCCCAUUCCGCCGCCAUCCGAUUGCAAGCAUGGUACCGCGGCCACCUCGGCCGGAUCCAGGCAGCGUCGUGGCGUCGCAUUCAGCUCGAAUUGCCUGCUGCCAAGCGACUCAAGCAAUGGUACAUGAUGCUCAGGCUUGUCCGCGAAGUCAAUCGCCGCGCAUUUGCCACGUCAGUUGCCCGACGCAGCGCCACUACCAUCCAAGCCCUCGUCCGCGGGUUUCUCGUGCGAGCUCGACUAGACCGAGACGCCAACAACAUGUUUCGCCUCCAUGUGGGCAACGUUGCCGCGACGAAAAUCCAGACCCGAUAUCGCGGCCACUUUGUGCGUCACGGUACGACCAUGGUCAACCAAGCUCUACAUCGGAUGCGAGUUCGCGUGGCGGAGCAGCGGCGUGUCCGAUGCGCUGUCAUGGUCCAGCGCUCGUACCGCGCUCGCCUGAACCGGUGCCGACUGGUGGAAAUCACCCACGUUAACUCGCUGCGACGACGGCAGUGUCACGACGCCGCAUCAAAACUCCAGCGACUCUAUCGCAGCCGCGCCGCCAGAGCUCAAACCGCCGUGCUUCGACGAGCCAUGGAGGAGCACAAGGCGUGGAAGCGCCAUCAAGUUCGAGUCGCGGUGAGACUUCAGUCCAACUGGCGGCGCCAUGCCGCCCGACGCACGAUCGACGCCGCCCGCGUUGCCCAUGCCGAGCGAGUUGCCAAGCGACACGCAGGGGCCACCGCCGUGCAGCGCGUGGGUCGUGGCUGGCUGGGGCGAAAGAAAGCGCUCGUUCGACGAAUGCAAUGGAUGGCUCAGACGGCAGCGGCGAAGCGGCUGCAGCGGUGGUGGCGGAGGUGUCUGGCUCCGCGGGCCAACACGGUCGCGUACCAGUCGUUGGUGGCUCAAAUCAAGCUGCAGUUGCUCGCCGAAGCCGCCGAUGCUGAAGCCAAAACGGAGGCGAUGCUGCAAAAGGACCGUCGAAAGCACGACAUGGACUCGGCGUCCGAGGCCGACAGCGAAGACGACUGGUACGCGUAUCCUGGCACGAACGGCCAGCCGUGGUGGUUCUCCCCGUCGCGGGACCAGCGGCAAAUUGUACGACCGAAUUGCUAUGCGAUCGCCAAGUCCAUGGUAGGCCUCGGGGUGCGCGUGUACUGGCCGUUCGAAGCCACGUGGUUUCAAGGGCGGAUCGUCAAGUACUGCACGUCCAAACGCAAGCACAAGAUCGAGUACUUGGAUGGCGACAAGGAGUGGAGUGUGCUGGACGAUGUGGAAGUGGGCCACUUGCAGCUGUUCAAUCACGAAUGUUGGCUGAUGUACGACAACUACGUGGCGUCCGAACGGGCGACCAAGGCGGCGCUGUACGUGAAUGUGCGGCUGCAGCGGUACGAUGUGGCCACGUUUGCGUGGAAAACCGGCAAAAUCCGGUGGUUUGAUGACACCUCGGGACUGUUUUGUGUGGCCUACGACGAUGCUGCUAGUGCUGUGAACGGGUCAGUAGGAGGCGACGAAAUGGUCGACUUGCUCGGAUGCGAAGACGACUUUCAGCUGCAGGAUCGGCGGUCGUUCGAAUGGAUGGGACCUGGCGCGUACUUUUUCGGACCGGCGUAUGCGGCCACGCGAGUGCAGGACUACAUGGACUACACAGGUCCGUACGAAGAGCCCAUGCCGAAUGACGUCGUUGACGGAGGUGGCGGUUAUGGCGAUGAUGGCAACAUGUGGAACAAUGAAGGUGGAGAGGCGGUGGCAUAUGGAGACUGGACCGAGAACGACUACGCUACGAACGACUGGAAUGACGGCAAUCUAGACUCUACGUGGGAUAGUGGUCUCAUCGCCGACGAUGGUGGCUUUACUGCUGCGGACGCGCUCGACGUGCAAGACGAAUACGACGGAGGUGAUGACGCCGAUGAAGACGAGGAUGACGAAGAGGGUAGUGAUGAUGACGACGAUGGUGGUGAUGAUGGUGGCGGUGAAGAUGACGAAGGACGAGACAGUGACGACGACGAUUAGAACGUGUUUUGGGUUCGUAUUAAGUUUAAAAGUCACAACACCGACCUUUCUUUUCCCAGUCGCCAAACCGCGUGGGUUCCUUGUACUUGCCACCGCGCUGGGGGCCGCCCCAUUCGACACCCGCGGGGCCGAUCACGACCAUGUCCUCCAUAUCUUCUUCGUCGUCGUCCUCGUCCAGAACGGUUUCAACGAUGAUGGAUCGAGCGUGUGGUUUGUCGUGCGGCGGCACGAAUGGCGUAGCGCUGAAGUUCAUGGCGCCGCGGCGGCCACGCGACGAGCGCACCAGUCGGGCGAGCAUGGUAAUGAGAUGAAAAACCACUGAUGUGGUCAAGUUGCACAAUACGGCGA